AUGGUACAGCCGACGUGCAGUCUCGUGGAAUGGGAUGGGAUGGGCCGACCUCGGCCGACCACAACCGUCUCAUGGAAGGUGAUUGAGUCGGCCGAGCACAAGGCGGGCAAGGCGGCACAAGGCGGGCAAGGCGCCGACCAUUCUGUCUCACCCAAGAUGAUGCACUAUCCGACUGUCGGCUGCAAAGCUUUUGCAGCCGACCACCGUCUUGAUCCAGCCGACCUUCUUGUCUCGCCCAAGACGAUGCACUAUCCGACUGUCGGCUGCAAAGCUUUUGCAGCCGACCACCAUCUUGAUCCAGCCGACCUUCUUGUCUCGCCCAAGACGAUGCACUAUCCGACCGUCGGCUGCAAAGCUUUUGCAGCCGACCACCAUCUUGAUCCAGCCGACCUUCUUGUCUCGCCCAAGACGAUGCACUAUCCGACUCUCGGCUGGAGAAAAUCUGUAGCUGACCACAGUCUGGAUUCAGCCGACUGUCUUGUCUCACCCAAGACAAUGCAUGAGCCGAGCAUCAGCUGA